GAGAGAGUCCUUCGUUGUUAACCUCACGGGCAACUCCCUCCCUAGUCUCCCCGAAUGGAAGGCGCAUCUCUGAGCCCCUCGCCGUAUGGCCAGCUCCUGCCGCCGUGGCUCCUCCCACAACCUCCCCCUGCACUGGCAGGCACCACACCAUACCUUGACGGCCGGGAGGUGGAAAGACUCGAAAGGCGAUUGUCCGACAUCAAGCUGAAGCGUGGCGUCCGGUCCGAUGCAUUUGCCAGCGCCCUGCACGAUCUGGUGGUGCUCGUCAACUCGAUGGCCGCCCAGCAGUCGGCUCUUGACCUGAGGAGCGACGCCCUCCGGCUGCUUCGGAAGGCACAGCGGCAUGUGAGACGGAGCGAGUUGGAGGCCAAGGAGGCCGGUGGAGGCCUAGGCUUUUCUCUGCUCGCGGGGAUGCUGACGUCUCUCCGGUGUCUCACCCUCAACAACCUGGCGACGUGGUAUCGGAGGGGCGGGCAGAUCCGCAACGCUCACGGGUGUCUGAAGGAGGCGCUGUCCCUGCUGGAAGAGCACUCGCCAUCCUCAUCAUCGGUUGACGACCGCGCAGCCACCCACCUGAGCAUAUGCGACGUGCUGACCGACCUGCAUCAGCCGUGCGCGGCCCUCAGACAUGCACAGGAGGCCAUCGAGAUGUGUGAGGGGGCUUUGAUGAGGCUGACGCCGUCCCGCCUGACGAAUGGCAGCAACAAUGGCACGGACACGCUCAACACCAAGACGGCUCUGCUGGCACUCGGCUACUCACACGCAGCGGCUGCGUUGGAGCGGCUGCCGGGUCAGGGGGAUGAGUGUCUCGCUGUGCACCAGCGGGCCCUUACCCUUGCCGGGCAGUUUCUGGACCCUUCUUUCAAGCCGCUGAUCGCCGCUCUGCAGGACCGCUACACGCGCACACUGACCAACAUGAGAUACAGCAAGACACACCAACAACAGCAGCAGCAGCAGCACCAACAGCAGCAGCACAGGGAGGAGAGAAGCAAGCGCGUGCAGAUAAUCAGCACGCCCGUCGUGCAUCGGUACCCGCUGCUCUCGUCUGCCCCGAGACACCGAAGUGACCUGAAAGGGAUGAUGCCCUCAUUGCCGUCAUCCCCCGUGCACACGGCCAAGUCGACCCCCGUGCUGCGCAAUGCUUAUGUGCCCGUAGUGCAUGCCGAUGCCCACCUGGGCGGGCCCGUGAGACACCUGCUGGAGAUCAAGCGGUCGCCCAUUCUUUUUGACAGAAGGCGGUUGUCGAGAGAAAGGGACAAGGAGAGAGGCAAGGGGCGAGUGUUCAAGGCCAGAAGGACGGCAGCUGCCAUUACCAUCCAGCGGGCAUAUAGGCGACUGAGGAGAGCGAGACAGCCCACAAGGAGGCCGCCACCACUCCGUGACAAUUCCGACGCCGUUGCGGUUGCCACUGCCUCGCAUGGUGGCGUGGCAGCUCAUUAUCAUCGGCAGGAGGACUGUCAGCCACAGACAAGGGACGAGGCGACCGACCGCUGUCGGCCAAAGACAGUCGCUGCCACCGCAGCCACGCCACUUCUUCCCCUGCCCUCUCUCUCCAUCUCACUCGACGCCGGCAGCGGCGCUGGAGGGCCGGGCCAUCCCCAACACACACAUGAGGACCAGAAGUCCAGGAAUAGUCGGCUCAUCAGUCGACGGACAGCACACCAGAGUAUGGCGCCGCCAUACAAGAAGACGGCCCUCUCGUCGCUUCCCACUCGCGACACGAUGCAGCCGGGGUCGCCCGAAGGGACCACAGCCGCGUACACGGAGCCAUCGAUGCCCACCCCUUUGCCGUCACUGCCCGGCGGCCACCAGACACACAUGAGGGAGCAGCAGCAAGAGGGGGUGCAGCCGCAGCAUCAGCUACUGCGUCGAAUUCGGUCGCUGACGGGUGACCUCAUUGCAUUCCCUUCGCUGACGCCCCCGUCACUGCCAAUGAGAGGGGGAGACAUGACGACGGUGCAGGAGGACGGUGGUGCUGGUGGUUGUGAGAGGCGUGGGUUGGAUGAUGUGCAUCCCCUGAGCCCCCUGUCGCCGCCUCUUUCCCCGCCACCCAUCACCUCGCCGCCCCUCUCAUCAAUUGAAGUCAUGUUCGGUGCGCCGAUCUGCCUCUCUGUUCCUCUCUCCCUUGCUUGUAUUCUUGAUUUGUGUGUGGGGGGAUGCAGGUGCGUGUGUGCGCCCGCUCCCUCUGGUGGUGCCCUCAGAUGAGCCCAACGCCUCUGGCUGGACCAAAGUCAAAGACGCCUUCUCGCCCUCAUCCCUCACGCCCAUCGUCAACACGCGCCCCAACACGUCGGCCAACUCACCGACCCCAAAAGGCCGGCUGCCAUCGGUGUCUUCCCCUCCGUCUCUGUGGACGUGUGCGGCCUACUGGACGAGGCAGCUGGGCAUGUGGCGGCUGGAGGUGCGGACGGCGCAGAGGAAGGGCGGCAAGAUCGCCCCACCGCCCGUCGAGCUGAAAGCCGACGCAGCGGAGCUGGAGCGCCUGGGCUAUGAGGACGCUUCCUCUGGUAGACAGAGGCACAACCUCACUUGCACCCCCUUUCUCUCUGUGGAUCGGUCUGUCCAUUCUAUCAGAGCUGUCGAUGCCUCGUCUGCGGCUGCUGGGCGCCCGUCUGCUCUCCGCGUUGGCCAUUACCUCCUCCCCCUACCCGCCCCCUCCCCCACCAGAGACACCAGCGAUCUCUCUUGUCCUGCUGUCGAAAGACAGAGUGGACGCCAUCGAGAGCGAAGAGCACACCGAGACAUACAUCAACGAGGAGGAGGCAUUUGCAGGGGCAGAGGAGGGGGGAGAGGGAGGAGACACCGACAAGGGCGAAGGUGAGACGGGAGAGACACAGGCGCAGCAGAGGGAGAGGGAGACACCCGCCGAGGAAGGACAAGAACAAGAGCAGGAGCAAGAGCAAGAGCAGGAGCAGGAGCCUUCCUUCAGCCCGUUUGUGUGGACCUGCCAGCGGGACAUCCCUGUCCACACCAACUGCGAAGGCGAGGCCCGAAUGAGCAACACCACACGCAGCACCUGCUUAGCCCGCCCAAUGAGCAACACCAAGGGGUGGCUCGUGACCGUGCAACCACAGCAGCCCCACCACCACCACCAGCACCACCACCAGCCCACAUCGAUGGAGCGUGUGUUGAUGGAUGUGCCGGGCGACGUCGCUGACCGCGGUAGCGUGACCGCAUUGCGAAGGGUCGCUGAAUCGCUUUUGGCCAGGGUGGGGGUGCGUGACGGUGCUGUGUUUGUGGCAGAGGGCGAGGGGCUCCGAGGCGGUGGGAGUGUGCGUGCGGUGAUGGUGUGCACACCAAGGUGAUGUGGAUGGGGUCGCGCAACGACAGUGCAUUGCACGACUG